AUGUCAAUUCAAGAAAUUUCAACUACUCCAUUUGGAGAUCAAAAGCCCGGUACUUCAGGUUUAAGAAAAAGAGUUACUGUUUUUCAGCAACCUCAUUAUACUGAAAACUUCAUCCAAGCAAUCUUAGAUGCCAUUCCAGAAGGAGCUAAAGAUUCCACUUUAGUCAUUGGUGGUGAUGGUAGAUACUAUAAUGAUGUAGUUAUUCAAAUCAUUGUUAAGAUCGCCGCCGCAAAUGGAGUUAAGAAAUUGAUCUUAGGUCAACAUGGUAUUCUUUCCACACCUGCCACUUCUCACGUUAUUAGAAUUAGAAAAGCUACUGGUGGUAUUAUUUUAACUGCUAGUCAUAAUCCAGGGGGUCCAAAAAAUGAUUUAGGUAUUAAGUAUAAUUUAGGAAAUGGUGGCCCAGCACCAGAAUCAGUUACUAAUAAGAUCUUUGAAGUUUCAAAGAUUUUAACUCAUUAUAAGUUAAUUGAAUUACCAGAAGUUGAUAUUUCAACCAUUGGUAUUACCAAUUUAAAAGAUAUUAUUGAAGUUGAAGUCAUUGAUUCAACUAAAGAUUAUGUUGAUAUGUUAAAGGCUAUUUUUGAUUUCCCAUUAAUUAAGUCAUUCAUUACGAAGGCCACCAAAGAACAAGGGUUUAAAGUUUUAUUUGAUGCUUUGAAUGGUGUAACUGGUCCUUACGGUUAUAAAAUAUUCGUUGAAGAAUUAGGUUUACCAUUAUCUUCAAUUCAAAAUUAUAAACCAUUACCUGAUUUCGGUGGUUUACAUCCAGAUCCAAACUUGACUUACGCUCAUACUUUAGUUGAAAGAGUCGAUAAAGAAGGAAUUGAUUUCGGUGCUGCUUCAGAUGGUGAUGGUGAUAGAAAUAUGAUUUAUGGUGCUGGUACUUUUGUGUCUCCAGGUGAUUCAGUGGCUAUUAUUUCGGAAUAUGCCGAUUCAAUUCCAUACUUUAAAGAACAAGGAGUUUAUGGUUUAGCUAGAUCAAUGCCAACAUCUGGUGCUAUUGAUUUAGUUGCCAAAUCAAAAGGUUUAAAUGUUUAUGAAGUCCCAACUGGUUGGAAAUUCUUUUGUUCAUUAUUUGAUGCUAAAAAAUUAAGUAUUUGUGGUGAAGAAUCCUUUGGUACUGGUUCUAAUCAUAUUAGAGAAAAAGAUGGAUUAUGGGCUGUUGUUGCAUGGUUAAAUGUAUUAGCUGAUUAUAAUUUACAAAAUCCAGGAUCAAAAACUUCUAUUAAAGUUGUUCAAGAUUCAUUCUGGGAAAAAUAUGGUAGAACAUUCUUUACAAGAUAUGAUUAUGAAAAUGUUUCUUCAUCCGGUGCCAAUAAAUUAGUUGAAUUAUUAGCUUCAAUUGUAUCAUCAUCCAAAGUUGGUGAAGAAUUAAAAACAGGUUAUACUAUAAGUGAAGCUGCUAAUUUUUCAUAUACUGAUUUAGAUGGUAGUGUUUCUGAUAAUCAAGGUUUAUUUAUUAAAUUCACUAAUGGCUUAAGAUUUAUUGUUAGAUUAUCAGGUACAGGAUCAUCAGGUGCAACUGUUAGAUUAUAUUUAGAAAAACAUAGUUUAACUGCAUCAACUUAUCAAACUAAAGUUGAUUUGUUCUUUGCUAAAGAUAUUGAAUUCAUCUUGGAGUUAUUAAAAUUCAAAGAAUUCCUUGGUAAAGAUCAACCUGAUGUUAAAACCUGA